AUGGGUGGCAAAGACUGGCAAGUGCCCCUGAUUGAAGUUGUAGUAAAACUCAGAAAUCCCACGCUACUGACACACAAGGCUCCGAUAAAUGGGUACCCAGAUACCAACAUGGUGAAAGCUUCUGGGUCGAAGUGGAAGGAGCAGGAGGUUGAAACCCAAAUGGCUCCCAAACCUGAAAUCAUCAGGCAGCACCAGAUUUGGAUCACCUACAGAGGACCAGAGGGAAGAUUCUGGAACACAAUUCUAAACAUUUCUGCUGCCAUGAUAGCCAUGCAAAGCCUGGGAGAGACCACCUUGGAGGCUGGCUUUGGGGUACCGCAAGAGGGGCAGCCUGCAGCUCUGCAUUCAUACUUAUGGAAAGGGCUGGCGGAGAAGUUCUUGAGGGGGGAACCCAAAGUCCUAGGGGUUGUCCAGAUAAUGACUGCCCUUAUGAACCUCAGCAUGGGAAUAAUAAUGAUGAGAACCACAUUACCAUUCUACAGAUUAGCUCCCAUCUCAGUGUAUUUUGGGUUCACAAUUUGGGGGUCAGUGAUGUUUAUUAUUUCAGGAUCCUUGACAGUUGCAGCAAGAAUAAGAACUAUAAGAUCUCUGGUGCAGUGCAGUGUAGUCUUGAACACCGUUGCCUCUGUGUUUGCUGCGGCGGGGAUUAUAAUCAGUGCGUUGAGCUUGAGGAUCUCUUUACAGGAUUAUAGCUACGGUCACAUAUCAAGCAGUGAGUCCUUCAUCCUUCUACUGGGCUUGGAUGGCAUGGUGCUUAUGCUAAGUGUGCUGGAAUUCUGCAUUGCUGUGUCCCUCUCAGCAUUUGGAUGCAAAGCAACCUGUUGUAACCCUGGUGGGGUUGUGUUAGUCCUGCCAUCUGAUCUUCACACAGUGAAAGCAACAUCUCCUGCACCAUUUGAAGGAAAUUUGCAUGCCACCAGCAAAUCAACAACAGAUUUAUCCUGA